AUGAUCAGUUGAGGUCAGAUGAUCCGGAAGACAAGAUCUUUUAAACGCUUUACUAAAUAAAUAAUACAACAAGUUAUCAAAAUAGAGAAGAAAAAAAAUCAGAAACAACAACAACGACAACUACAUCAGCCAAAUUAGAAAAUAUUCCCCCAAAGAGAUUUUGCCCAGCAGGAAAACUCAAAAUUCAUAUUUUUUUUGGUUCUCUGUUGUGAUCUCGUUCUGUGCUCGGACCAAUUUGCUUGGAUUGACCAACUGGUGGUGGUGCUGGUGUUGUUGGUUUUGAUUUUAUACGAUACGCUGAUCUUGCGGCAAUUGCCAAACGUCGGCGUUAGUUUAAAAUCGUGUGAUCGGUCGUCUGGAAAAAUAUUAUCGAGCGGAUAUAUGUCGCAUAGCAGUCAACAGUAUCGAAGCGACGCUGGUGCCCUGAAAAUCCUUCAAGCUGAACUCGUCAAAACCACCUUUACCUCCAUUGGCGAAACAACGACACACGCAACAAGUGGAAGCUGGUGCCACCGUCCAGGACGAAGACUGCGAACUACAAUCGUUUGCGGAUGCGAUACGAAAACAUAACCUUAGUACACCGAUAAAUCGGGCCCGUGAAACAAGGCUAUCGUCGGCCGCCCUAAGGCGUCAUCAAUUGAAAAUGUCCUUGAAAAAGGGUGGACCACCGCCGGCACCCUCAACGGGAGCAUCUGGAGUGCAAAUAUCGAUGUUGUCGCAACCGACAAAUAAAAUACCGACAGUUACGGCGGGCUAUGAUAACGAGAAGCAUAACGGCUCAAGGAGUAAUAACGCGUCCGUAAAUCAAACAAAAUUCAUACGUCCCGAAAUGGCCGAUGUCCCAGUACAGCAGGCGGCAGGCUCAACACUGCCUUUAGUCAUAUCGAAGAAGAAAGGCGGUGGUGCAGAUGAUUCCGAUGAUGUCAACUAUAAUCCGUUCGAGCACCGGAAAGUGGAACAUCCAACAUCUGAUUUGGAAACAUUUGUUCAUCUGCUCAAGGGCUCCCUGGGUUCGGGCAUUCUGGCCAUGCCAAUGGCCUUCCUCAAUGCUGGUCUUUGGUUCGGUCUCGUCGCUACCUUCUUGGUGGGCACGCUGUGCACCUAUUGUGUACACAUUUUGGUCAAAUGCGCUCACAUUCUGUGUCGGAGGCGUAAAAUACCCAUGAUGGGUUUUGCCGAUGUCGCCGAACAGGCAUUCCUUGAUGGGCCCGUUGGUCUGCAGCGUUGGUCUCGAUUUAUACGUUUUGUUGUGAACACGUUUCUGGUCAUCGAUUUGAUUGGAUGCUGUUGUAUUUAUUUGGUGUUUGUCGGCACGAAUGUGAAACAAGUCGUUGACUUCUAUAUGGAAGAUUCGGAGACGGAUAUUGGUAUAAGAUUGUGGAUUGUGAUUAUCACGGUGCCGUUGAUCUUUAUGUGCUUGGUUAGAAAUCUGAAAUUCUUGACACCAUUCUCGAUGGUGGCGAAUUUAUUGAUGUUUGUCGGUAUCAUCAUAACCUGCACCUAUUUGUUCUCGGAUACACCCGCCACAACGGAACGUGUUGGAGUGGCUGAUGUUGCCCAAUGGCCAUUGUUCUUCGGCACGGUCAUCUUUGCCUUGGAAGGUAUCGGUGUAGUUAUGUCUUUGGAAAAUGACAUGAGAAAUCCCACCCACUUUAUUGGCUGUCCUUCGGUAUUGAAUUUGGGUAUGGGUGUUGUCAUCACUUUGUACACUUUUGUUGGUUUCUUUGGCUACUUGAAAUAUGGUUCGGAAACGGCUGGCAGUAUUACAUUGAAUUUGCCUGUGGAGGAUAAAUUGGCCCAAUCUGUGAAGUUGAUGAUUGCCAUUGCAAUUUUCUUCACUUUCACUUUGCAAUUCUAUGUACCUAUGAGCAUCAUCUGGAAGGGUAUCCAACACAAGAUUGCCCCGGAAAAACAAAACUGGUCGGAAUAUGCUUUGAGAGUUGGUUUGGUGGUACUUUGCGGUGCUAUUGCCGUUGCUCUGCCCAACUUGGGUCCAUUCAUUUCUCUCAUCGGUGCUGUGUGCCUGAGUACUUUGGGUAUGAUUGUGCCAUCCAUUAUCGAAUUGGCUGUCUACCAUGAAGAUCCCGGCUAUGGACGUUUCAAUUGGCGCCUGUGGAAAAAUGUCUUCUUGAUUUGCUUUGGCAUUAUUGGUUUUGUAACGGGUACCUAUGUCAGUAUAUUGGAGUUCCAUGCUGAAUUCAGUCAUUGAUAAAUGCGGAAAAAACACAAUUCUAGAGUAUUUUCUUAUUUUGUUUGUUUCAUUGUUUUUUGUAAGAGAUGAUAUUUUCUAUGAUAUGUUUAUGAUUUUCGUUUUUUUUUUUUGCAAAUAGUUGUAAAGUAGGAAGUUUGCUAAAGUUUAACAAAAACAAAAAUUGUAAUUUUAUUAAAAAAUAAUAAUAAUUUAUGAAAAAAUAUAACAAUAACACCAACAAAACCACAGGGAUCAUCAAGAAAACUAACUCAGAUGUUUUUUUUUUAAUAAUUAUCAUAAACUAACCAAAUUAUAUAGAAAAAAGGCCACAAGUCUAUAGAAUUUAUUCAUCUAUUAUUAUUAGUUUGUAAGUAAUUUAAGUUCCAAUUGAAAAUGACUGUGAUGUCUGUGCACUUUGUUUUUAGGGGCAGAUAUUCACAAAAAAAAAGACAAGACAAUUCUUUUUAAGAGAUAUUAGAAAAAAAAAAACACAAAACACAUUGGCUCAAAAUUAUAAAUUGAAGAAUAUUUGUCGUUGCUGCAAAUAUGUAAUUGAAUUCGGAAUUACAAAAUAGAAACUAAUUAAGUUCCCUUAGAGUAAAGUGAAAACACACACACAUACAAAGAAAGAAACAAAA